UACAAUGCAGAUCAUAGGAGACAAGCAAGUGCGUACUAAUUGUUGUGUCUCCAGCACGCUUGUUCGCGCCGCUUUAGCUGAGUUUAUUGGCACAUACAUACUUGUUGUUAUUGGCAUCGGUAGUGUAGCCCAGUCUCAAUUGACCAAUGGUGAAAAGGGUGAUUAUUUCACCAUUAACUGGGGCUGGGCGUUGGGUUGUUCGUUGGGAAUCCUCAUUUCGGCUGAAGCAUCAGGUGGUCACUUGAACCCGGCCGUAAUGCUGGCUCUGGCCGUGGCUAAAGAUUUCCCUUGGCGAAGGCUACCCGUGUAUUGGUUAGCCCAGUAUUUUGGUGCGCUGGUAGCGUCUGGCAGUGUCCUCGGCGUUUAUUACGAAGCCAUCCUCCUUGGAAAACGAGACGGAAAGUUUCGAAUUAACGCGAAUUCGUCUGAACCUGAGCCAGGCUCAGCGGCCAUUUUUGCCAACUAUCCGACUCCGUAUUCGUCAGUAGUUACUGGCUUAGUAGAAGAGACUUUAUGUACAAUGAUCUUCAUGCUGAUUAUUUGCGUGGUGACCAAUGCUAAAUAUUCAAAGGUGCCGAGCUUCUUACAGCCGCUUUACAUUGGUUUUACGUUGUUGGCCAUGGGCGUGGCUUACGGAUCGAAUGGAGGCUACGCUCUAAAUCCAGCUCGUGAUCUGGCUCCCCGACUAGUAACAUAUUUCGGAGGAUGGGGACCUCGUGUGUUUAGCUUCCGCGGCUACAAUUGGUUCUGGAUUUUCUUGAUCGGGCCACAUGUGGGAGCUCUCAUCGGCGUUGGCAUUUUUCAUUUCGUGUUCUUUCUACCGGAACAGACAAGGGUUGCAUUCGACAGAACCGAAUCGCAGCUACCAGUUGUGAAUUAUGAAUAUGCGAUGGCUAAUGUACCGGAUAACAAAUCAAGUGUCAUCAAAAUUAAGAGUCAAGAGAGCCACGAAGAAUAUGUUGAAUGUCGAGUAGUUAAGCAAUGUGAACUAUCCCGUUCCCGCCGUGACAGAGAGAUCCUGAACUAUUGA